AGUCGACCACAUUUUCCAGGCGCCUCCCAGCCGGACAAACUUCCUCAAACUCCGGGAUAAAUCCGGGCCCCGCCGCCCCCGGACCCCGCACACCCCGCAGCCCCCGCAGCCCCCGAGGCCCUCGCAGGACAAACAGAUCGUGUCCCUCGGUACGGACGGACGGACGGACAGACACAAGCUGACUCGAGAUGUGGGGGUUCGGAGCCUUGGUGCUACUGCUGCCCAGCGUCACCUUGGCAGCGUCGGCGUCUCUGGACGUGCAGUGGGAGCUGUGGAAGAAAACUCACCAGAAACAGUACAACAGCAAGGAAGAUGAGACGUCGCGGAGGUUGGUGUGGGAGAAGAACCUGCAGUACAUUUCUGCCCACAACCUGGAGUUCUCCCUGGGCAUCCACACCUUCGAGCUGGCCAUGAACCACCUGGGCGAUAUGACCAGUGAGGAAGUGGUCAGGACCAUGACGGGGCUGAAGGUGCCACCGGCUCGCACCCAGAGCAACGACACCCUGUACUCUCCCGAUUGGGCCGAGAGGGCCCCCGACUCCAUCGACUACCGGAAGAAGGGUUAUGUCACCCCUGUCAAGAACCAGGGCCAGUGUGGAUCAUGCUGGGCGUUCAGCUCUGUGGGGGCACUGGAGGGGCAGCUAAAGAAGAAGACAGGGCGCCUGCUGGACCUCAGCCCACAGAAUCUGGUAGACUGCGUGGCCAGCAACGACGGCUGCGGCGGCGGCUACAUGACCAACGCCUUCCAGUACGUCCAUGACAACCGUGGCAUCGACUCAGAGGACGCCUACCCCUACGUCGGACAGGAUGAGCCCUGCAGGUACAGCCCGACCGGCAAGGCAGCCAAGUGCCGGGGCUACCGGGAGGUCCCCGUGGGUGACGAGAAGGCCCUCAAGAGGGCAGUGGCCCGGGUGGGGCCUGUGGCGGUGGCCAUCGACGCCAGCCUCAGCUCCUUCCAGUUCUACAGCAAAGGUGUUUAUUUUGAUGAAAACUGCAAUGGGGCCAACCUUAACCAUGCCCUCCUAGCUGUAGGCUAUGGGGCCCAGAAGGGAGCCAAGCACUGGAUCAUCAAGAACAGCUGGGGCGAGGAGUGGGGAAACAAGGGUUAUGUCCUCAUGGCUCGGAACAAGAACAACGCCUGCGGCAUCGCCAGCCUGGCCAGCUUUCCCAAGAUGUGACCAUGUGACUGUGCCGAAGGGCCCCACCCCUGGGAUCACCCCUUGCUCCCGCCCCUGGCGACCCCUCUCACUAUCCCCCCUCCCCGCGCCUCAGGCGGGGGGCGGUCGGGGGUGCAGACAGCCGGUCCCCCAAACCCCAGGGUCUUCUCCCCCUCCAUUCCAGGGCUGCUGUCUCCCCCACCCCCACCUCGGGUUCAGACCCAGAUGUGGGAUGGGAGAGAGAGCAGGAGGGAGGACCUUGUUCUUUCUCUGAGCGUGUAAGUGCCCGCACCUUACACACACACACGCACGCACGCACACACACGCACACACACAACCUACCUCCCCUCCUCAACUUGGAAUAGCUUCUCAGGGGGCCGGAAGCCCCUCCCCGUGGAUUCUUGGUGCUCUGAGUGAGGUACCCUUGCCGAGCUCCCACCCCCGGCCUGCUUCUUCUCGGCUCCUUCCCUGCCUGGCCACCUCCUCCCCUCCCUCCCCGACUCUGGUGCAGCACACCCCCACCUCUCCCUUUCCUCCUGCCAGCUGGGAAAGGGGGGGCUGGUGUGGCAUCUCCUUGCCCACUGGUCUCUCCUCCCUCCCGGUCCCCUCACGUCGUUUUACAAUAAACACUUUUGGUAACUGUCCGCCCUCA